GCACUUGGCGGCCUCGCGGGGAAGAGGAUGGGGGACGAGGAGGACGGGAAGAAGCCGUGAGUGCUGCAGAUGGGACAGAUAAGUACAUUUGUGCUCCACAAUGAGGACCACACCCUUGGCAACUCCCUUCGAUACAUGGUCAUGAAAAACCCUGAAGUGGAGUUCUGUGGAUAUAGCAUCACCCGUCCUUCUGAAAGAAAAAUAAACCUCCGCAUCCAGACCAAAAGAGGCCCACUGGCUGUCAAUAUGUUCCAGAAGGGGCUGGAGGAUCUCGUGGGUGUCUGCCAGCACAUACUCAGCAAAUCUGAGGCAAGCAUGGAAGAGUACAAUGCCCAGAAGGAUGUGACUAUGGAGGAAGCAUAGUCUUGAGUUCCAAUCUGUUGUUCAGACCUGGCCACAGAACUUAGUCUGCUUUGGUUGUCCUGAUGGAUGGCCUUUGCAGAGUGUGGGACGGGGAGUGUG